UUUUCACUUUGCAUGCCAAUUUUAAUUAGAUGGUGUUGAUUUAAUUAAUAAUUUUAGUUGUAUUUUUUGUGCAGCCUGCAAUGUUGUUGGUAUGUCUUUUAGGUAUCGCCAAAAUAUAUACUUCAAUAAGCAUUUUGUAAGGACCAUAUUGUGUUGAACGCUUGGAGAUAGUUUUGAUGUGAUGUUUUUCGUGCUAUUGUUAUGAAUUAAGAUGAACAUGAAAUACGCUGCAUUUUGUGUGUUUGUCAAUGGUGUCGCAGUGAGUCAUUAAGUCCUUGACAUUUCCUUGGAAAAGUGUCAACAUAGCGAGUGACGCCUCAGGGGGAGGAAUGCCUGCCGCUUGACUCGGCCGCGACGCGCAGCUAGGCCCCGCCGGGCCAUGGACGCCGGCAUGCCGGCCCCGGGCAGCAGGGACGAGGAGGCGCUCUACUGGAAGGAGCUGGCGGAGCAGUGCGGCCAGGACCUGGAGGACGUGCUGGAGGAGAAGCGCCAGGUGGAGCGCGACCUGGAGGAGUUCCAGGAGAACUCGCGGCAGCUGGAGCGCGAGCUGGAGAUCUCGCUGGACCAGUCGGAGAAGCGCUGCCGCGACCUGGAGGCGGCCAACAACCGCCUGCAGGCGGACUGCGAGGGCAUGCGGGAGAAGCUGGAGCGCGCGAACGGCCAGAACUGCGACCUGCAGGCGCUGCUGGCGGAGGCGCGGGCGCGCGAGGAGCUGCACCAGCGGCGCGUGCGCGAGCUGGAGCAGCGCAACGACGACCUGGAGCGCGCCAACCGCGCGGUCGUCACCUCGCUCGAGGAGCACGAGCUGAAGCUGAACAGCGCCAUCGAGCGCAACGCCAUCCUGGAGGUGGAGCAGGACGAGACCAAGGCGCUGCUGCAGAGGAUCAAGGACGAGAGCCGCGACCUGAUGCUGGAGAUGAAGGUGCGCGGGAGCGUGCCGGACAACGACAAGUCGAUGGAGCGGCUGCACGGCGUCGACUCGAACAAGCUGACGGCGCAGACGCAGACGGCGGUCCCCGCCGCGCCCCUGAAAAUUGUGCAGCCUGGAGGCAUGCAGAGCAGCCCUAUAUCGCCGUCCGCCCGCGUCGCGUCCAUGAACAUAGUGGGCGACCUGCUGCGUAAAGUUGGGGCUCUAGAGUCGAAGCUUGCUUCCUGCUGCAACAACAACGCCCGUGAGAACGGACUGCCAGGGGACAACGCAGCUCGCGAGACUUUCAGGAGCAGGAGGAUUGCGCGGGGCAUACCGUCGCCGGCGGUCCACCACGGCUACGUGCGGCCUUAGGGCCGUGCCAUUCGCCCGGCCGGCGUGCGCCAGUGCCUUCCGGACCGUCGUUCCCUCUCCCCCUUGCCCCUCUCCACUCUCCCCUUCCAACACCUCUCCCUCCCGUCACCUCCCACACCCUGUCGUCUCGUGGCGUCGCCUAAUUUCGCUUGGGUUUUCUAGUUCGGCCGUUCUGGUUCCAGACUGAUUAUUUUGAACUGAGGAGAAUCAUCGACUGGUGUCCUCGGCAAAGGCCGAUCCUUCCAUCGAAAGUCUUAUCGCAAUGACCGAAAUAACGGUCUAUAGCAGGAAUAAUUGUAUCGUCAUUAUUAUAAUACUUGAUUUUUUUUUUAAUUUUUCUCCCCCCCCGAGAAUGAUUUCACUGUGCUCGUUCAUUAUAGUUGUAAUUAUAAAAUCAUAUAUCAGAAUUUUUUUAAGGGGUGAUCUUGUGCGUUUUUAUUUUUUUUUUUAUUUUUUAACGACCAGUUCGCAUUUAGAACCCCAAAAUUGAAAAUUUUUAACUUGUGUGCUUUAUAAUAAGUUCCUAUAUUUAUCUAUUUAUGGAUUUCGAAAUAUCAUUUUGCCACAUGGGAAAAAAAAAAACAUCUGCGUAAUGUUAUAAAUCAAGAAUGUUAACAAGAAAAACUGUUAAUAUAUUUUUAAAAAAAGUUAAUGUCAUGGUAAGUAAAGCUCUAGUUUCUGAUUGAAAUCAAACUUUUUUUUGCAGCAAGUAUUACUCAUGAAAACCCAAGCCAUUUGUUGUUUUUUAUUCUCUUUGUUUUAACUUUAAAGUGUGUUUGUUCCUUUCAUUUACUUUCUUAUCCAGCCUGUGGUAAAAAUCGGAUAGAAUAUGUGUGAUUAUAUGCUCUCUAAUUAUAAUUUUUUUUUUAUCAAUUCCCUAUUAGUGUAAAUGUAUAACAGGAUAUUCAUUUGUUAUAAGUAAAGUGUUUAGAGGUUUGAAGUUUUGCUGUUUGACAAACUGAAGAUGCUACAUUUAGAAUUUACUGUAGUAAAACUGCAGUUAUUUUAGAUUAAAAACUGUCAUGUACCUUCAUGGUUAUUUUCAAUGCUCGCUUUUGGAUAUUUGUGUAGAAUAUACAUAAUUUUUUUCCACAGGAGUAAAUCUGACAACUAAUAAAUUAAAUGUUUGUUCAUCUUAAAUUCAUUACCUAAACGUAUUAAAUUUUCUAUUAAAAUAAGAUGGCAUGGGAUAUUGUAGUUACUUUUAAUACAAUUUUCUGGACAUGAGUCAUUGCAGUAUUGUUCUUGUGCUGUCUAAUAUUUAAGUUUGAGUGUGUUUGUCUGCUUUAUCGUCAUCUUGUCCGUAAUACCUGUUUAGGUACAUCGUUGUGUUUAUCUGUUUGACAUCAGAUGAUUUAGGCUUAUUCUCUGUGGGUUUACGCUUUUAUUUUUGUUUCUUAAUUUGCGUUCUUGAAUUUGUUUUCGUAACAACACUGUGCAAAACUGCAGUGGUGUAUGUCCAAGAUGUUGUACGAAAUCAAAAAUUUCCCCAUUGCGUGAAUCAUUUAAAGAGUGUAUUGUAGUUACAGCUUAUUAAAUUUUCCUGAAUUAUUAACUGCCCCAGCACUACGUAAGGCAUACGUUAACUCGAGCAACUAACCAGGCAAUCAAAAAUACAUUCUGUAUAGCAAAAUGCAUUUAAAAAAAUUUCCUUUUAAGUGUAUAUUCUUAAUAAUAAUAACAAAUAUUGCAAUUCAUAAAUUUUUUUCACUUGAUUUCACUGUACUUCCAUGAGGUUUUUUAUUCUGGCUUUUUAGUCUCUUGUAUAUUUUAAUACUCACCUAAUACCAUUUUUUUUAAAAUAUAUAUAUAUAUAUUUUUACUGCGUACAAUUUUUGUACUGGUGAAGAACAGUAACACUAACGGGUUUUAAUUUUUUUAAGUAAAAUUGUUAAAAUUUUAACCAUAAAAUCUUGGCCCGAGCCUUUUUAUGCUGUAUUUGUUUUCUGCAUUUGUUGUUUCUGUUUCUUGGGUUUUGUUUUGCGUUCUGGUUCCCUGCGGCACUCAGAACCCGUCGUGAUCUCAUCAGAGAGAGAAGUAUGCAGUUAGUUUUGAUUGUCGUGGUCCCGGAUAUUGUUUUUACAGGAAUAGUUUAUAGUUUUGUGUUUUGUCUUGUUAGUUGUUAAGGUUUGUUUUUUUAAAACUGAUCUGAUUUGUAUAGAGCAAUUUUUUUUUGCAUGUCUUGUGUAAAAAAAAAGUUACUUCUGUCCUUAUUGUUCAAGUUGAGCAAACUGUAGUGUCUCGGCAAAAUAUUAAAAUAUGUAUAUUCUGAAGGAAAUAAGUAUUUUCUGCUCGUAUUUUAGUGCUUGCUGUGAUUGUAAAUGUUUUAAAUUUUCCCCUUGCAUUGUCCAAAAUGUUUUUAAGGAACCUCUCUUUUUCUUUAAUAAAUUAAAUAGGACAAGGAACACACAAUUAUUUUUUUUAGCAUGUAUAUCUGUACACUACUGCUGUUGCUAUAUGUAUCGUAAUUAUGUACAUAAAACUAAUUCUCUGUUAUUCUUAAAAGACUGAACACAGAAUUUUCUUGCAUUACAUAGCUAAACAUUUUUCCCGCAAAGAAUUCCUAUGGUUUUCUCAAGGCAUAAACACAGACACUUAUUUUUUAGUGCUGAGAUUAUGUUAUCUUUGUUAUAUCAUAUGAGUGUCCAAAAUUCUUUAACACCUGAGCCUGUUUUAACACUUCCAAAUAGAACUCUGGAAAAAAAUGUAUUCACUGGAUAGUUUUGAAAUUUUUUUUAUCAUGUGCAAAUAAAUUCCUCGCUUAUACCUAGAGCCUAAUAUUAUGUAAAUCAUAGAAAUGUUUUCUUUGAGGUCAUUUGUGUAUGAAUGCAUUCAUUAAAGUAACAACAUGUCUAGUAAUCACUGCAAAUACCUAUGUAGCAUAAAAAUUAUUGAUAAAAGAAAUGAUUGUUAUGAUGUAGAACUUUAAAAAUGUUUAAAUUCUUGCAUGAUUGCUGAAUAUUGUACACCACUACAGUAAAUGACACUCAUAAUUUUUUUUCCAACAGCUAUUGCUUUCGUUUUUUUUAUGUUUUUAAGUAAAAAAAAUGCUCAAAGUGUGCUAGCUAUCAAGUUAUUUGUUGCUGUUUUCAUUUAAAAUAAAUUUACGAAGUUACUGGUAUACACUGUCUCUCAUCUUUCUUUAAUGUUUAUUUUUAAAGUCACGCAACCAAUAUUUUUUUCAAUUUGAUAAUUCUAACGUUUUUGUCCAAUAAUUUCUUCUUCAAAGGCAAAAUAAAACCUUAACUUGUAUGUAAAUCUGUAACAAAUGUUGUGCAAUUUAUUUGGCAAUAUUGAUACAUUUUCUCUUUUGGACUUUAGUAGAUUAAUUUUAUACCUAUGUUUAUCAUUUAGAUUUUAUUUGUACAUUGUAACUUGAAAACUACCAACAAAUUAAUUUGUACCGGUAAAUGAACAACUUCCAACUUUUUAAUGUUCACGUUCGGAUAGGAAUUCAGGACUGUAAAUUUGAUACAGGUUAAUUAUCGAAUUUGAUGAUUAACUCAAAUUUGAAUUUAAUAAUGAUUAAAUUAAAUGUGCAGUGGUAAAUAUUUAUUUUGUGAUUCUUCAUCAAUAUAUAUGGCAAGGGACUUCAGUUUAAGCCAGUUAACAUUCGUUUCAACAAAAUUAUGUGAUAAUUUAUGUGAAAAAAAUACAUUUAUGUAGGAUUUUGGAAAAUACUUUUUAUGGACCAUUUUUUGUGUUUCUAUGCAGAGGUUGCAAACUUGCAAAUACAAGUUUUGUUCAAAUCAAAUUUGAAUGCAAAGAUCAAAAUACUGUUAAAUGUGAAUAUAAAUCCAGAAAGUAUUACACACUUAAAAUCUUUUUUCCAUCAUUUCUAAAAUAUUAUUUUAAAAGUCAUAUUUUAACAAAGAUUUAACAAUCUUUGGGUCAGUGGCACAAAAUAUAUUUGGGUUAUUGGCUUAAAAUAAAAAUAAGUUUUUAAAGAUAUUUAGUGUGUUAGGAAACUUUAUUAUUUGCUUGUCCCAGCUUAUCGGAAAGUAUUUGGGUUUCAGAUAGUCCCACUGUCUUAACUUAAAUCAUUCUUCUGUUUACUAUGCACAUGUUGGUACUUGAAAUUGAAUAUAGAGUGUAAAUAAUUAUUUGUUAGUUUUGGUAUUACGUGUUUAGAAUAUUCAGACGGGCCUAUUUGUGUCUGGUUUCACUUGUCACAAAGUUAAAUGAACACGAACACGAACUGUAGCCACACUAGCCUCGCACGGGGUUUGGCACGGCACGGCACGCCCGCGUAGAACGAUCACCAGUGAUUGUCGCGACAACACCAGGCGAUCGCUGUGUCACUGGCCGGUGAAAUAUGUUGAGACUGCUGUCAUCGAAGUAGCAAAGUUUACUUAACAAAAUACAACAAAUGUUGCUAGAUCCUUGCACCACGCCCACAUUAAAAAUAACGCGGGACAAAUAGUGUAAAGAUGUAGUGAAAAAGGCAAUCAAUACACUCCCCGAAACGUAGAGCCUUAAUAAAUUAAUGUUGUCCGUAGUCGCAAGUAGUCUUCUAUGACUGUCACACGUCAUCCAAUCUUCAUUCAUCUCUCUUAUUGUAAAUAUUUUUAAAACAAUAUCAUCCUGCUGCAUUUAUUGUAUUUUACCCUAUGCAUUUGUACUGUUUCAUAAUUUAAGAUUAUGUAUCCGAUUGUCAUCGGUUUGUGAUCCUGGUUUUAUGUGAAUGGUCUUUGCAAUAAUAAGUAUGGCAUUUAAUGUAUUUUUUUUUCUCGCCAUAGUCAUCGACUCUUGGCUCUUACUGAUAUUUGCCACAGCGAAAACUACUUUUAACUACUGUCACCUAUAAUUGUGAGAUUCUUCAAACAUGUAUGUAUAUACUGUAUGUACCUAGUUUUGUGACUUAAAAGACUUUUGUGUGUGUUUGUGUAGUUUUUUAUUUUUUUUCCUUCAGGGUAUAAUUUGUCUCAUUAAGCUUUCGAAGUUCAUCCCGAGCUAGACGUAAGACAUGUUUUAUAUUCAGCUAGCAAAUACUUGUAAAUAACAGAUAUUGUCCAUACAUCUAGUUUUAGAGCAUCAUAUAAGUACUAUUUUUGCAUUAGUUGGAUUGUUAGACGGUGUAAGGCCCUGCCUUGUGGUUGCAUAUUACUUCACUAAAAUAUUUUGGCCUUCUUACCUGUACUACUGUUGUGACAAUGUAGAGGUAAAAAAUAAAAUUUCAUUUUUUGAUUACCAAUAAAAAUUUUGUUUUGAAA